CAGCCUUAAUUAGCUAUCCAUAAGCCAUAGUUAUCUUUAUAUACGCCAUAUUUACAUUCACAGAUCCAUAAAAGGUGUUUACAGUUCUCAUUCUUUUGAUUCUAUCAAGAUUGAGUUUUUAGAAUUUGGCUCUAGACAUUUGGUAGAUUUUGCAGAUCAAACUGUUAGCUCUAUAUAGAAGGCAAAUACUAGCAUUGCCUAAACCAAUUUACAGCAUCCAGAUUAUAGAAAUUGUUCUUUUUAGAAAAUAUACAACCGUUCCUGCAAAGGGUUUAUAUUAAAAAAAUGGGUUGCUUUUCAUGUUUUUCGUCGAAUGAAAAGAAGGCAUUCAAGAGAAUACAUAGCAACAAAAGAGAAACAUCUGGUGCUGCUGCUGUUGCUAAUCACAGGGAAAGUCUCCAAAAGCGUACACAAUAUUCAUUAUCGAGGCCAAAAUCACAGCAAGAGCUGCAUUCUCGUUCUCAUUCUCAGCGUCCACAACCUCCUUCUGAAAGUACUAGAAAGGCGGCAGCAGAAGCCACACACCAAAAGGCUUCUAACAAAGGCGACGGCCAGAACAACAUUGCAGCUCAAACUUUCACCUUCAGGGAACUGGCAACAGCUACAAAGAAUUUCCGAUCAGAAUGUCUGAUAGGUGAAGGUGGAUUUGGACGUGUUUACAAAGGUCUCCUGAACAAAACUGGACAGAUUGUAGCAGUGAAACAGCUUGACCGCAAUGGAUUGCAAGGAAACCGAGAAUUCCUAGUAGAGGUGUUGAUGUUGAGCCUUCUGCACCACCCAAAUCUUGUAAAUUUGAUAGGGUAUUGUGCUGAUGGAGAUCAAAGACUUCUGGUUUAUGAGUACAUGCCAUUGGGAUCAUUGGAGGAUCAUCUGCUUGAUAUUGAACCAAAUAAAAUUCCGCUAGAUUGGUUCACAAGGAUGAAAAUAUCACUACAUGCUGCUAAGGGACUAGAGUAUUUACAUCAUAAAGCAAAUCCGCCUGUCAUUUACCGUGACUUGAAGUCCUCCAACAUCUUGCUGGAUAAGGAAUAUAAUGCAAAACUUUCAGACUUCGGGUUAGCCAAGGUUGGACCUACGGGGGAUAACACCCAUGUUUCUUCAAGAGUAAUGGGAACAUACGGUUAUUGUGCUCCCGAGUACCAGCUAACUGGAAAACUGACUAUCAAGUCCGAUGUCUAUAGCUUCGGUGUAGUUUUAUUGGAGCUAAUUACGGGAAAGAGAGCAGUCGAUAUCACUAGGAAUGGGCAUCAGCAGAAUUUAGUUACUUGGGCUGAACCAAUAUUCAAAGACCCAAGGAGAUACCUUGAACUAGCUGAUCCACUUCUUGAAGCAAAUUUCCCAAAGAAAAGUUUCAAUCAAGCAGUUGCUAUUGCUUCGAUGUGUCUGCAAGAUGAUCCAGCAGUACGUCCUCUGAUCAGUGAUGUGGUCACUGCUCUCAGUACCCUUUCAAUAGCACCUAACGCAGAAGGAUUGGAUUCACCAUUCGCUUCUCCAACUCGAGCACCAUCCACCAUGUCAAUGUCAACUGAAGACAGUAUCAUAUCUACAAAUGAAUGCAAAGGAGAAGUCGCAGAAGCCAUAGAAUGGGGUUCAAAUUCAAGGACACAGAAUGCAAGGUCACUAGCAUCUUGUGGUUCUUCAGUGUGACAUCCAAUAUUUUGACUUGAUCGGACGAAUAUCGGAUUAAGUGGUAUUAAUGAUGAUCAUGUUGCUUCAGCCCUCCAGAGAUGUUGUAAAGUGAUGGAGGAAUGAUCAUCUAGUGCUACCACUGUUGGAUUCUUUAGGAAAAUGAAGUUACAUGUAUGAAUAGUACUUCUAAUAAUGCGUGUAUUAUGCAAAAUUACAAACUGAACAAUUUGUUAACAGCCAUUUCAGCAAGGAACUCAAAGAACUGAUGUAUGCUACCUAGCAGAAUGAAGAAUCGUCAUGUCAUUUUCAGUACUUAAUAGGAUUUAAGUUAUAUACAUUGACAACGUAAAAACCUUUUACACUAUUAGUGUACUUAUCAUAGAGUUUUAUCUCUAAUUACCUCGUAAAUGACAUGAUUGUGUAA